GUCGAGAUUCCGUAUCUACCGUCGUCCAUGGCACGUCUCGGUCGGCUCACGCGCAGUGUCCUUUUUGUGCCUGGCGUCAACACAUCGCUCUUGCGCGACCUGCCGCGGCUCGCGUGCGAUGCGGCCAUGCUCGACCUCGAAGACGCCGUGGGCCCCGCCAAGAAACCCGAAGCGCGCGCCCUCGUCGCCGACGCGGUCACCGGCGGCCUCAGGGCUCACGCGGAGAUCGCCGUGCGCAUCAACCCGCUCGCGAGUGCGUGGGGCGCCGCCGACCUCGCCCGCGCCGUCGCUGCAGGCGCCGACGCGAUCGUUGUGCCCAAGGUUGACUCGGCGGCCAUCGUGGCCGAGGUCGCGGCCGCCAUGGACGCCCAGGGCGCGCCCCCGACCAUGGGGAUCUGGGCCAUGAUCGAGACGCCGCGCGGUGUUCUCAACGUCGAGUCCAUCGCGUCCUCGCACCCACGUCUAAGUACCCUUGUUGCCGGCACGUCCGACUUGAGCAAGGAGCUCCGCAUCGAGCUGACGCCGUGUCGCCACGCGCUUGUGCCGAGCCUCGCGAUGAUCGUCCUCGCUGCGCGCGCCUACGACUUGGCAGCGAUCGACGGUGUGCACUUUGACGUCCACCAAGUCGCUGCAUUUGACGCGCAGCUGCGCCAUGGCGUCGAGAUGGGUUUCGACGGCAAGACGCUCAUGCAUGCGUCGACGAUCGACAAGACAAACGCGGCCUUCUCGCCGACGCCGGCCCAACUGCAGUACGCUAUUGACGUCGUGGCAGCCCACAAAGAUGCCAUCGAGACCGGCGCCGGUGUCGUCGUUCUCAACGGCAAGCUCAUCGGACAAUAA